AAAGAGAAUAAUAUAUAUGAUAAAAUGACAGAGAAUCGAAGAAUAUUUGCGUAAACGAGGUAAUUCGACUACAGUGGGUAAAGUCACUAGAAAACAUGCUGGUGACUGAGGCACCAAAAUAAUGAUGAUUCCUACUCCUACAAACUACAACAGCAACUCGAAGAUGGCGGUAGUUACGAUAUCAGUGCUCGACACCGAUAGCUGCUCCGUUUACUAAUCGAUCAUUCCGGGUGUCGGGAGUCGGUGCAAAGUAGAUGCAAGUUGGUGUGCCUAUUUGAGAGAACGCAUACUGCACAAGGGGAUACUUGGAAGUAAAAGAAGUGUUUCUAAGAUAUGCGGGUGUGUGAAAAUAACUGUUGCUCCUGUAUAAGCGACCCGUGAUACAGGUGUUUAGUACAAGAUGCUAAUUUGAAUUGUGUCAUGAAAAAUGUUGGAAAUCAACGAGAGUAACUCAACGGAACGAAAUACCAUUUGAAACUUCCAAGGAUAUCUUCACUUUGUUACUACACUGUGCCGAAUAAUUAUGAUUAUGAUGAGAUAACAAACGCAGAAUGAAAUACAGUGGCAGUAACCUUCUUGGUUAUGCAGUUUACGCGUUUAUUCUAUUUUUUAAUGUUAUUCAUGCAGAAAGUGGUGUUACCUGCAAAGAUCAACAAGGACGAUCUUAUGAAAAUACUUUUAUAUACAUUCCUGGUCCAGAACCUUGUACAUUAUGUGUAUGUGAUAAUGGCAAUCCAAAAUGGUGUAAAGCACUUGUUUGCAAGUAUGCAGAGGAAUAUUGUAAAUCUUCCCGGCAUAUUUGUUGUCAAUAUAUUUGUUUGGAUGAUACAUUAUUAUCUAUACCAAAUGAUAAAACUGAUGGGAUUGGUAGCAAUACCACUGAUGCUACUACAAAUUAUGAUAUAGGACUACGAUCUGUUGCUAGCUUUGUAACAGCUGUAUUGUCAUUAAGUUUAUUAUUUUUUUUAAUACAUCGAUUGCGCCAAAGAAAAAUACGAGUUUGUGUGGCAGGAAGGCAAAACAGACAGUUAGCAGAGGACCAAAGAAAUUUAGGUAGUAUGGGAUAUUUAGAUCGAGAUGGAUUAUCACAUGGUGUUCCUAUGGAUGACAUUCCAUGUGGAGCUAGUUAUCCAUUAUGGAAACCACCUAAUAAUUACUUUCCUCGUGGCGAAGCUCCACCACCUUAUGAAGAGGCAGUAGCAGCAGCACGGGCAGAACAAGCUCUUUUAUCAAUGAAUCCACAAACGCUUCCACAACUAAGUUUUCCAAAUACCUAUUUGCCAAAUACUAAUAGUCGUACAAGUAUAUCAUUAGUAGGAAGUACGCAAAGUGGCAUAAAUGGUAAUUCAUCGACAUUAAUUUGCGACAAUGGUAUAACAGAUCAAAGUGGCUUAAUCUCAACACCAAGUAGACCAAUAUCAAAUCCAAAUAUAUAUUCUAGUUAUCAUCAAUCGAAUCAAAAUGAAACAUUAUCUCCAAGUGUUAGUGUAGGAACUUCAACGACGAGUUUUACAAUGGGAACAAGUACUUAUGAGAAUUUACCUACUCCCAUUGGAAUUCCAAACUUUGUUAAUCAGCGUCCUAAUGUAACUGUGCAACCUUUAUCUAAUAUGCAAUCUACUAUUCCAAAAAGUUAUCAAACACAUACUACUCUCCCUCGUCAAACUGGAGCAUUUACAAUAUCUGCAACUUUACCAAAUUCUAGUGUAACUGCUCAUCGUACAAUUCCUAGAACUUUGACAACUCGUACUGGUGCAAAGUUACAAGAUAUUAUAAAUGAUUGCACUCAGAAGGAAUUUUUACGACCUACGAUAACAACCGAUCUUACGACUCCGAAUUUACCACAUUCCACGCAACAAAAUGCUAUGAUUAAAUUAGAAAAUACAAGAGAAAAUGCAAAUACAUUUUCUGAAGAUAUACAAAUACAGCCUUCUCCUGCAUCUUCUUCAGGAUUGCAACAAAUUGAAAGACAACCUUUGGAUCAUAAAAUAGAUAUAAAAUCUCAUGAUUUUAAGCCACCAUUGAAUAUAGCUAAUGAUAUUAAUGAAGAAGGAAGCUUUGAAUCAGUAGCAUGCACUUGUAGCAUGCAAGCUCUUUCUACUCUUCAUGAUGAUACAGACGAUUAUAGAAGCGAAUGUGAAAAUUGUAAAAGCGCAACAGGUUCUCGUUAUUAUUUAGAUAAUGAAGAUGAAUUGAUUACUUCUCCUCAUGAAACUAUGACAUUACAUAGAAGACCAGAUGAAACAGCUUCAAAUACUACUCCUCAAUAUUAUAGAACUUCACUCACACUGCCUAUAAGUACCCGUCAACGAACAAGGAGCACCGGCGUUCGAGAAAAUUGGUUCAACCCUAUGCCACAAAGUUCUACAGAAUCUUCAGAUGAAAAUUAAUUGCAGUUAUAUGUUUCCCAUAUAUCAUAUAAUUAUUAAGAUGAUUUAUAAUACACUAUCAAUGAUCAAAAUUCAGUAUUAUGACAAAUGAACAAUGUUCAUAUUUUAUUGCGUUGCAGAACACCAGUUAUUGUUAAAUAAUGUUACAUUGUCAAAUUUUACUAUACAAAUGAAAUUUUUUCUAUCUUAUUCACUGUGUAUAAACUGUUCACAUAUUCAAGCUAUGUAUGAUUUAUGAAAAAGAUGAGUCACAUUUUUGCUCUCAUAGUUUUUCUUUAUAUGUUAUUAAACUAUGAGAGCAAAAUUUAAAUAUAUUUAUUAUAUAUAAUUUCGAUAUUUAAGUUAAAAAACAACAGCUAAGGAGCAAAAUAACAAUUUAUAUUUUUAAAAUUUUUUUUAACUAUGUUCGAUGCAUAUCAUUUGUUAGAAUUUAAUCAAAAUUAUUGUUAAAAAUACAAUUUUUAUCUUUUAAUCCCUGCGGAGUUGAAUAAUAUAGUAUAUAUAUAUAUUUCUAGGUACUGAAUAACGCAAUAAAAUAUAAAGAACAGAUUGGUUCACACUAUAUACAUUAUAUCUAUCUUUUAUUAUUUGAUUAGUAAUCAUUGAUUUACUUAUUUGGUAAAAUGAUUUUAAUGUUUAUCAUUCAAUAACAUAAACAAAAUGUGACUAUAGGAUAAAAUAUGAAGGUAAGUUUCUCAAUAACAAUUUGAUAAAUUUUUGAAAUAUUUAUAUGUCAUUAUAUGUACAUACAUUAUAUUAGUAUUUAUAUUACUAUUAAAUUUAUAAAGUUUAUUAUAACUUUUUUUUUUAUUUGAAUUUUUUUAUUUUGUAUAGAAAUUUUUAUUCAAUUGUAUUAUUUGAAUAUAAUAUUUUAAAUGAA